UCUAGCUCCAUCUCCCCUGCCGUGCGUAUAUAUUUCGCUAAGUUGGUCUUGUUUCGUCGUCCCUUGUUUACAUGACGGUACAUGGAAUCGGAAUGCAGCAGCAUUCGUAGCCGUCGCACUCGAUGCACUUGGUUUUGCCGCCCGUCGCCGCGGCCGGCUUAACGAAGCUCUCGAUUGUGGACGAGGCCGCACUGCCGGGGCCGUUGCGGUUGACGAGCGUAGAGUGGGAGGAGCCGCAGGCCAUUUCAGGUGAUUUUUGAUGAAGGUAGAUGCAAUGGUGUAUGCUGGUGGCGGUCAGCGGUCCAUGUUUUGGCAAUUGCGUCGCGAGCGGCUAUGUACGGAGCUGGGACUUACAAGGUAGGGUGGCUGACAAUGCGAUCGUGGUCUACAGUAGUAGGAAUAAGAUCGGGCGUGCGUGGGAUGGAGAGAUGGAGAUUGAUGGUAAUGCGCAGGAACGAAGGACGGAGAUGGAGUUGGUCUAUUUGUAGAUCAUAGAGCCUUGUUAUUUCGGGGGAAUUACC